GGGAAGACAAAAUGGUGAUCAUAGUCGGAGCUGGUCCUUCUGGUCUGGCCAUGGCUGCAUGCUUGACCCUCCAAACAGUACCUUACGUAAUCCUCGAAAGAGAAGACUGUUUCGCUUCUCUCUGGCAAAAAUACUCCUACGAUCGUGUCCAUCUCCACUUACCCAAAAGUUUCUGUCAGCUUCCUCACAUGGAGUUUCCCGCCACCUACCCCACUUACCUCCCCAAGUCUCUCUUCCUCCAGUACCUAAAGGACUACGUUUCGCACUUCAAGAUCCAGCCGGCGUACAGGAGGUCGGUGGAGGAGGCCGGCUACGACGAGUCAAUGCAGAAAUGGGUGGUCAAAGCGAGAAAUCUAGGAACCGGGGAGGUGGAGGAGUAUUUUUGCCGGUUCUUGGUGGUGGCGAGUGGAGAAACUACGAACGCUCAUACGCCGGAAGUUGAGGGGUUGACGUCAUUUUUCGGCGAAGUCAUACACUCGACACAGUUUAAAAAUGGUAAAGGGUAUAGAGAUCAGAAUGUUUUGGUUGUUGGGUCGGGUAAUUCCGGCAUGGAAAUUGCUCUGGAGCUUGCAGAACAAGGCGCCAAAACCUCCAUUGCCAUCCGUAGCCCCGUUCAUAUUCUGUCAAGAGGGAUGGCGUACGUAGGCCUGAAAAUGUUGAAAUACAUUUCUGCAAACAUGGUAGAUUUAAUAAUGGUGGUGAUGAGCAAAAUGGUGUAUGGCGAUUUGAGUAAAUACGGUAUAAAGAGGCCUAAAGAGGGUCCGUUCUUCAUGAAAGUCGCCUAUGGAAAGUAUCCUGUGCUCGACGUCGGUACCAUCGAAAAGAUCAAAUCUCGACAUAUUCAGGUAUUGCCUGGCAUGGAAAGCAUAAGAGAUAAGGAGGUGGUAUUUGAGAAUGGCGAGUCACAUUAUUUUGACACCAUUGUUUUCUGCACUGGCUUCAAGAGAUCGACUCAUAUGUGGCUAAAGGGUGAUGAUUAUAUGUUAGAUGAGGAUGGAGUUACAAAACAGAGUUACCCAAAUCAUUGGAAAGGAAAGAAUGGUUUGUACUGCGUUGGAUUGGCAAGAAAAGGAUUGUAUGGAGCUGCUGUUGAUGCUGAAAGGAUAGCCAUUGACAUCAAAUCACUCCUCUAGAUACUCACUAUAUAUAUAUAUAUAUAUAUAUCUAUUUCUCUCCAUACAUAUAUAUAUAUAAUAUAUAAUACAUAAUAUAUAGCUAUAGGUAUAUGU